AUGUCAGAAUCAUUUGAUAAUGAAAUUGAUGAUCAUAUCCAAGAGGAGGGAGAAGCUAUAAUGCCCAUGGAUUCCUCCGAGGAGGAAGAAGAAACUGACGAAGAGGCAGCCAAAGAAAGACUUUAUCUAGACGACGAAGACGAAGUUUCUGAUGAUGACCUUGAUCCGUUGGAGGAAAAUACUGGCAUAAAAAUUGCCAGAAGCGAGCCAAAAUUUCAGCGUCUAAAAAGAGGUCGUCAUCAAGAACAUAAACAUGACGUAUCUCGAAUAUUUGAUGAGGACGAGAUAAUGGAGAACCAAUUCGGAAAUGAAUCAGACUUCGUCGAGGAACCAGAUGAACUUGAAUUUGCUGAAGGCAUAGAAGCUAUUUUAGAUCCUAGUGCGCUAAAACAAAUGAAAAUGACGGGAGAGGACAAAAUUGUUAAAACCAAAGAUAUACCAGAGAGAUUUAAAGAAGUUGAAGAAGCCGCCAGAAUUAUUUUCGAUAAUUUUUCAGAAUAUGAUGGCACCGAUUCCUCGGUAUCGCAUGAAAUCCUUAAUGCUCUAAUUUGUGGCAUAUCUACGAUUUGGAAAGCACUUUCAGAUCUACAUGACUAUUUCCAUCAUGAAUAUUCAAGGAGGAUAGCGUCAUCAUCAGAAAGCUCUAACACACCUCGUCACCUAAAAGAAGCAUCAUUUUAUGAGGAAUGCUUGAAUCAAGGGAUUGAUGUAUUAGAAAUAUGUUCGCCAGAAUUUCAUCAGAUACAGCGUGAUUUAGUAAGACCUGUACAAAGUAUCAGUGAAUCCGAUCCAUCAUGGACAUUCCGAUUUUUAAGAAAGCAUAUUAGUAAAUUUAGAAAGAGUGGGUUAUUCGCUGAAAUAAUGGCAGCUGGAAGAUUUGUUGAUCAUUUAAGCUUUACCAACUUAAGAGAAAGGGAUAUGAAAGAAUAUCAUGAUUUCAUUCAAUUAAUUCGUAAAAAUAAACCUCAAGCUAUUGUAGUACGAUGUUACGAUGGGCGAACGAAGUAUUUAUUAGAAACCGUACAAGAGGCUAUUGAAUAUUAUAACAAACGAGGUGGUGAAGAAAUUCCUGUCAUAGCAAUUAAUGAUGGAUGA